UACCUUACUCGAUAAAACAGGGAGUCCUGUUCACCGCCGAACUGCUUACCCAGGCGACGCUUCGUGUCAGCAACCACAGCUACAGAAAAUGGAAGCCAAUCGCAUCUACUUGGCGGCGCUCUUUGUCCUGUGCAACUCUGCAAUGGUCUUUGGCCGCCUGGCUCCUCCUGCGGGACCAAGGAGGCUGCAUCACGAUGUGGCAGACAGCUUCAAGGUAAUCCAAAGCUUCUCGUAUGCUGUGGCGGUCGUCGACUCUGACAACGACACCUUCUUCAACUGCUGGACAGCGGAGCGUAAGGCAAUCAACAAUGACGCAAGAACGGCAACAUAUGAGGCUCUUUUUCCAGUGGCUCGAAGAGCCGUACCGUUCUACGUGAAGGCUGAACAGAACUCGCCGAAGUUCACUUUCACCCUCGACGAUGAUCCGACUCCAAAGGAAGGUGUGUUCCACUACACCGAUUACGAGAACUGUGUCGUCGAGGACAUUGAAUACCACAAGCAUCAGUGCGUCCUCUGGGUCAGAAAAGAGCUGAAGAACUCGGUGCCUCAGAACUGCAUUGACUACUACGUCGACAUAUGUGGUGUUGGCGUUCCUAUACACAGCAGAGACCUUUGCAGGGACGAGUGACGUGGCUGCUGAAAUCAAACGUAUAUCGGCUCAGGCCUUCAGAGUAACAGGCCGCUGGUAGUAAACAUUUCCUUGUUCACCACUGGCGUCUCGUAAACUUGAAUUCCCUUUUAAACCGAUGCCUUUGCUCCAC